UGAUGAGUCGAAGACCGCAUCCGAAAGGCACAAUCAUAAUAACAGUAGCCACUCAACCCUUUAUCAACAUCAUACAUAGCUUUUCCCCCUGAUCUUUUUUGUUGCCUUUGCUUUGUAACUCCCAGCUAGGCCAGCAUCAUUUCGCUCUAUUAAUAAAAUACUACGUUGAUUUUGAUUGUUUUAAGGGGGGACUGUAUAGCAGUGCGAACUACAUUCAUAUCAAUAAUCGGGCGAUUUGAAUCAAAGGCGACAACAAGCCAUUAUUUAACAGUCCGGCAGCAGGCAAGAGACUAGCGGACAGGCAUCAAGAGGAAAGUCUCUACACUUUCGUCUCACAAGUAUCAGCCAAUCAACAUUGUCUCCACUCGAUCAUGGCCCAAGUAUCCGAAGAACAUAACCCUCACAAGUCACAUCCCCUUGCAGUCAUACCCCAGCGAGCCUCAAAAAGAAAAAGACAAUCCAAAUCGGAAGAUGAACCAGUAUCUGAGGGAAGUCGUACGAAAGAAACUAGCGUUGCAUCAGAAAAAAAAGGUCCACCUCUUCGUCGAGGCGACGCUUGCCUAAGAUGCAGAGCAAAAAAGCUGAAAUGCUCCGCUGAAAAGCCUUCUUGUGAUCAAUGUUCAAAGCGCAACGAUAACUGCGUUUAUGACACAGCAAGGCCUGCCACUCGGGUCCAAAAAUUGGAAGCGAAGCUAGCCCAAAUGGAAGACCAAGAAACUCGCCCUUCCAUUGAGCAACAACGACCAUCCAGUAGCUCCUUCGAAAGUUCCAUUUCCCAUGGUCUUCUUACACCGUAUGGUAACAGCAUAGGUCAAGAUGACGGCCUCAUAUUCUUCAGCGAAAGAGGCUUUGGAGACUUCAAUAACGCAAUGGUACCUUCACCUAAUCCUCAAGCUCUGUAUGGCCAACAGAACAUAGGAGGGUCGCAAGAUGUUCCAUUCAUGGCAUCUUCGUCACCUGCCUUCGUCUCUUCAAAACCAAGCAUUGAUAUACCGAACAGCUUACCGAUAUUCAAUGAAUGGUCCUGGCCUCCGAGUGGACUAGGACUUAAUCUCUGGAAUAAUCAAGUUGAAGGGAGUUCUAGCCUGGGAGAACCUCGAUUCGCACAAGCUCCCUUCACCGUGAUCGGAAUGUCACAGGAUGUGAGCAACACCUGGAGCCCCACUCAAGAAACGAAGCCCUUGCCUGCGUUUGACGAGACUACAAUACCUACUAGUUCAAGUGGGCAUCAUGUGCUUGAUCAUAGCGCCACAGGUAGAGGGAUGGAUGAUCUGAACGCUUUUUUGGCACCUUCAGACCUUAAUACAAAAAAUCCAGGUCCUAUCGAUGGUGAUCGACAUAGUGGUAAACCGUUUAUUCAAAGUGAACAGCCGACUUCGUCACUGCAGGGUCUAGAAGGCCUAUCUUAUCCCUCACGGGUCCUCCAGAUGGGGGGCGGACCAACGCAGCAGCGUCCUUGGCGUUUGAGAGAAGAUGACGUGAGCGCCAGUGCUCGGGAGUAUCUACUUGAUCUCUUCUUCAGUCCUGAGCCACCUCGGUACCAAUUCGGCUCUGAAGCGUUCACAGAAGCCCAGUUCAGGGCGAAGCUCACUCUUCAACCCUCCUUACAACCCCAUCCAUCUCUACUUUUCUCCAUGUACACUCUUGCAGCUUCAACGUCCUACAUCCCUGCCAUCCGUUCCCUCGCAGAUGAGCUGUCAGAAAUAGCCAUGAAGAGAAUUGAGGAAGCAAUAAGAAACAAGGAUAGGCUGAUUGAUGCCAUCAAUGCUUGCAAGAUCAUGAGCAAAUGGUUCUACGCCAAAGGGAAAGCGUUUGAAGCAUAUCAAUAUUCGGCCAAAGCCGUGUCUCUCUGUUUGGCGUGUGAGCUCCAUCGAAUACCUUCUUCCGUGUUUCAGCCAUACCAAUCAAAGUCACCUCCUUCUGAGGGUGGUAUUCUAUCAGCUCCAAAAGACCAAUGGGAGUUGUGCGAACGUAUACACGCAUUUUGGGGAGUAUGGGGUAACGAGAAGGGGCAGGAGAUCUGUACUUCGUGGACUGGAUUGUUGAAAGACGAACUGAUUAUCACUCCUUUGCCACGGCCACCAGAGCAUUUAUUUAACGGUGCAAUGCAUGGCAUCGAGGAUAUAACACUGCGAGAUUUGUACGACUUACCACAUCGCACCAACCCUCCGUGUUUUGAACCCUUAUACGCACUUUUGCUUGCUAGUGUUCACCUGUUUACUCGAGCGAACAAUUUGACGUCUAAUCCUCCGGAAUCUAAUCCUUCAUACCGUUCUUUAUCACUCGCAUCAUCAGUCUCCGUGAGGCAAAGGUUUCCUCGAGCAUGUGAGGAAAUUGCCUUGGCCUGUACUUAUUUAGAGGAGACUGUGAGUCAGAACUGGCCCCUUGAAGACGGUCCUGAAGGACAAGCCGGGAAAGGAUGGUUUAUUGAGGACGUACCCGUAAUGUUCCUGUUGCUCAAAUGCUCUAAAAUUCGCCUGUUAUUCCCGCCUCAAGAUCCUGGCAAUCAAAACGAGUUUAUCUCACUGGUAAUGGAAAGCGGUGACUUGGUGAUGAAGUGGAUAAAUAGAACAGAUUUUGGAAACGUUGCUGGGAGUGCACCGUCUGCCAGGAAAGAUAACAAAGACUCGUACAGGAAUAAGAAUGGUCUGAGUGGGCCCUAUAGAUUUGUGCAAUGGAGGUUUGUUGCCGAGCGAAUGAAGGAGUGUGCAGCGCUGCUGAGAGAGAGUGGAAGGCUACUUGAAGCCCAAACAUGUUCGGAAAAGGCUGAAGCUAUUCGGGAAGGAGUCGAGAAGCUACCUAACUCAUUUUAAAUAACAAUUAUUGUAUCCUUGUUGAGGUAUCAAUUGUUGGAUCUAUCAGCUGUAUCAGUACAUGUGAAUUAUGAAUAUCUCAGCUUUCGGUG